GCUACUCCUUGACCCCAAAUACAACUUAAAAAGUUAGAACUACUCUUUUGCUUUCGUAUUCAUUUUUUUUUUUUUUUUUUUUUUUGCCAAUUCAACCGUCUCUCCGUGUUCAAUUCGCGUUCAAGCAGCCAUAGGUAACGAUUCAUGUUUUCUAGAAACAGAUAGAAACUAACGUCAAAAUUAUUUUUCAAAAGUCGCAUCAUCAAUUUCUGAGACAAAUUCAUUUUCGACUACAAUAAUUUGUUUUCUUGGAUUUUCUCGGUGUGUUUACUUUGGAUCUCAGAAUUAUGAGCAUUUGACAAAAAAAGGAAAAAAAAAAAAAAGAAAUUUGUUGAGGGUAGGAACUUAUUGGAGUUUGGUGAUUGUGAAGAGAUGAUGUUGACUUUAUUGGAUGUGUUGUGAAGUAAUAUGGCCUUGGUAGUUAAUCCAUUAAAAGAUGUCGCUUUACAUCGGUCGCGAAGCUUCGAAGCUAUGGAAGAGAUUUUGUGCAGAAGUAUCAACCGAAAUCAAUCUCCUUGCCGAAAAUUGGAAAUACAUUCUCGGAGGAAUCAUUUUUCAGUACAUACAUGGUGUGGCUGCACGAGGUGUUCAUUACAUACAUCGCCCUGGUCCUACACUUCAGGAUGCUGGCUUUUUCCUUCUUCCUGAGCUUGGACAAGACAAGGCAUACAUUAGUGAAACGGUUUUUACCACAAUCUUUAUAUCAUUUGUCUUGUGGACAUUUCAUCCGUUCAUAUUCAAAAGUAAAAAGAUCUACACUGUUCUUGUGUGGUGCAGGGUCCUUGCAUUUCUAGUUGCAUCACAGAUCCUUAGGAUUAUAACAUUCUAUUCAACACAGUUACCUGGUCCAAAUUACCAUUGUCGCGAGGGUUCAAAACUUGCUACUCUUCCCCCUCCACACAGUGCACUUGAGGUGCUUCUGAUCAUUCCUCGAGGGAUUCUCUAUGGAUGUGGCGACCUCAUUUUCUCAUCGCAUAUGAUCUUUACACUUGUUUUCGUUAGGACAUUUCAUAAAUACGGUUCUAAGAGGUGGAUCAAGCACUUGGGUUGGCUACUUGCGGUGGUCCUGAGCUUAUUGAUCAUUGCUUCGCGCAAACAUUAUACAGUGGAUGUUGUUGUAGCAUGGUAUACCGUCAAUCUGGUUGUUUUUUUUGUCGAUAAAAACCUUCCUGAAAUUCCUGAUCGAUCCAGCACUGGUGCAUCUCUUUUGCUACCUGUUAGCAACAGGGACAAAGAUGACUGGAACAAAGAGGAAAACCACAAACUCUUGAAUGGCCACUCUGUAGAUCCCAUGGACAGAAGACAAAGAAAUGGGAUGAACGGCAAAGUUAUGGAAGAUGGGCUUGCAGUUCAUGUUGAUAGUGCAAUUAAUGGUGCAUAAACCUGUUGAAAAUUUGUGCUUUGAGCUUGAAUGGGUGCUCUUAUAAAGAAUGAAUUUUUUGUUACAGGUUUUUUUACGCAUUUACCUUACCUUUGUAGAUUUUGUUACGUAUAUUUUUUUUUUUCAUUUUCCAAUGUUUUUCGGCAUGUUAGAUCAGUAAAAGCAAAAGGAAAAAAAAUAGAAUCCUUCAUAAGUCGAUGAUGCAUGUGAGCAAAUCUUAUUUCUUUUCUGAUAA